CGCGUGCAGAAGCUGCAGCAGGAGGCCGUCGACAGCGGCGCCAAGAACGCCGCCGUGGAGAUGCGCUGGGCCGACCUCUUCGAGGACGCGGUGAUCCGCGAGUUCCAGAACCAGCUCAAGGCCAAGGACGAAGAGUACGUGGCGGCGCUCAAGGUGCAGGCCGAAGAGGAUGAGUACGAGCUCGAGCUCGAGCAGAUGGAGGACGCCUUCCUCAAGGAGCGCGACGAGCGCAUCGCCAACAACAAGCUCGAGAUCGACUCGCUGUUCGAGCGCAGACGCGAGAUGGAGAUGGUCUACAUGGAAGCUAAGCAGACGCGCGACGAGCAGUAUCUGCAGGAGAUCGAGGAGCUGCGAGUGCGCGAUGCGGAGGACUACAACGAGCUCAAGAUCAAGCUCGAGACCAACAUCCAGACGCUCGAGCAGCAGCUCGAAGAGAUGCGCGCCACGUACCAGCUCAACACGGAGAGGCUCGAGUACAAUUACCGAGUGCUGACGGAGCGCGACAUGUUGAACUCGGCCACGCUCAGUCAGCAGAAGCGGAGGCUGUCUCGACUGAAAGACGCGCUGGCCACUCUGAUCGCCAAGUACAACCAGACCGACGCUCGGGACCGACACCAAAACGAGGAGCUCACGGAGGAGUAUCGGCGCCUCACGAAGCAGUACCUCGACCUGCAGCGGAAGUACGCGCACUUCGAAACCAGCGACAGCAACAAGUACGACGAAGUGUGGCAGAUGCACGAGGAGGACGCGAUUCACAAGAUCGAGAAGCUGCUGGACGCCGAUCGCAUCAUCCACGAGCAGCAGCUUGGCCUCGCGUGGCGGCCACCGGCUCAGUCCAUCCGUAAUUGGAGUCAGUCUGCAAAGGCUGGCGAUGCAGCAGCUCUCCAGAAGCAGCUCGAGAACGGAGACGAGUCGUCGCCCGAUUCCAACGAGAGCGAUAAGGGCGGCAGCAGGCGAGACGACAAUGGCGCCAACGCCGACCAGGACGAUUUCGACGACGAAUCGGUCGAAGCCUACACGCCGCCAGUCAAGAAAAUAUCGGGCGCGAAGCUCAAGUACAUGCUGAAGAUGCUCGCGUCCAAGGCUGGCUUCCUGGUGAACGGCAGCGUGCAGCAAGCGCUGGAGAAUUUGCCCGAUGACGAGGCGGAGCUUGAGGACAUGGAGAAGCUCAUGGGGUACUUCUUCGAGGACCCGCGACAAGAGGUUCCUGGUAGUGGUGACAACAACCGGGAGGGCAAUUCACCCGGCAAGGACGGGGCCAAGACAUCGUGGGGCCUUAUGGUCGGCCCGGAGGACGUCAUCCGAGUCAUCAAGCAGUUCGUUGAGUCCAUUUCGCUUAAGUAG